GUGAAGGUCCCGCCUUCACUGUGGGGAUCCAGUGCCGGGGUUUGGGGUUUGGGGUUUGGUGCCCCCACUCCCCCUCUCCGCUGAAGUUCACGAACUUGUGUUGAGUGCUGAUGGGUUAUCGCGGAGCUGCAGCAGCGGCGGCGGCGGCGGAAUGGCGGAGCGGCUCACACUGGCUCAGCUCUCGAGUGGCAACCCCUUAUAUGAAAAGUAUUACCGACAGAUCGAUCCCAGCAAUGGGGGAAGAGUCGGAGCUGCUGAAGCUGCUUUGUUUUUAAAAAAGUCCGGCCUGUCAGACCUGGUCCUGGGAAAGGUAUGGGAUUUAGCUGAUUCAGAAGAAAAGGGCUUUUUAAACAAACAGGAAUUUUUCAUUGCAUUAAGGCUUGUGAGCUGUGCUCAAAAUGGACUUGACGUCUCGCUCAGCAGUUUGAAUCUCCCAGUCCCGGCACCAGCAUUUAAUGAUACAAACAGCCCUUUACCCGUUGGUGGAGCAGCAGCUAUUGACGUUCCUUGGGCCGUGAAGUUGGAAGAAAAGAUGAAGUACGAUAUCAUUUUUGACAGCCUUAAUCCUGUGAAUGGUUUUCUCUCUGGAGACAAAGUGAAACCUGUGCUUCUCAACUCUAAGCUGCCCGUGGAUGUUCUGGGAAGGGUCUGGGAUCUCAGCGACUCAGAUCACGAUGGUUUAUUGGAUAGAGAUGAAUUUGCUGUUGCUAUGUUCUUGGUUUACCGUGCUCUUGAGAAGGAACCUGUGCCAUUGUCCUUAGCACCUGCCUUAGUGCCACCUUCAAAGAGGAAAAAAGUCAACGUCCCCCCUCCCGUGCCGUGCCGUCCAUCGUCACCUUCUGCCAAGGAAAGCCGCCAGAACUUGCCUCACGUGCCAAUUCUACCAGCUAAAAUGCCUGUAGUCCAGUCUGUUAAAUGGGUUGUAUCACCAGCAGACAAAACUAAAUAUGAUGAAAUCUUCAUGAAAACUGACAAAGACCAGGAUGGCUAUGUCUCUGGGUUGGAGGUGAAAGACAUCUUCCUCACCACGGGUUUGCCGUCAAACACACUGGCUCACAUCUGGGCUUUGUGUGAUACAAAUGACUGCGGGAAGCUUACAAAGGAGCAGUUUGCAUUAGCACUACAUUUAAUAAACCAGAAGUUAACAAAAGGCAUUGAUCCACCUCAGGUCCUCACAGCAGAGAUGAUGCCUCCAUCAGACAGUACCCAAAAGAAUGGCGCAACCUUGAACAGUCUAACAGACUUUUCAGCCAUCAAAGAACUCGAUUGUAUAAACAAUGAGAUUGCUGAGCUCCACAGAGAAAAAAGCGGAGUGGAGCAAGAGAUCAAGGAAAAAGAGGAGAGCAUCACACAGAGAAGCAGUGAGGUGCAGGAGCUUGAGGAUGAGGUGGACAAGGAGAGCACAAAACUGCAGAAGCUGCAGGAACAGAGGCAGGAGGUGCAGGAGGUGCUCAGUGGGUUGAAUCAGCAGAAAAACAAACUGGAGGAGCAGCUUAAUGACAUCAGGCAAAAGUGUGGGGAUGAGAUCCAGCUGAUCUCUUCACUAAAGGAAGAGAUAACCAGCCAGGCAACACAGAUCUGCACGUACGAGGAGGAACUCAGUAAAGCACAGGAGGAGCUCAGCCGUCUGCACCAGGAGACAUGGGAGCUGGAGGAGCGUGUGGAGGCCAGUCGAGCACAGCUGGAGCCUAUGCAGGAAUCCCUGCAGACAUCCCAGCAGGAGAUCAACCAGGUGAAAACCAAGCUGUCUGAGCUGCAGGAGUGUGAGGAGCAAAACCCAGUGGUUUGGCGAAAUCAUCUUCAGCCUGUUGUCAUCAAUGGCAAGGUUGAGAACUUUGAGGUUAGCAACAGUGAGCCCACUAUCUCAGACGACAGCAAGGAUCGAGAAAGCCUGUCGGAGAAGGAAGAGACUGUGAAUGAAGCUGCGAUCGACAGCCGCCUCAAAGAUCCCAUCCCGAACACUGCAGAGAGGGUAGAGGAGGUCGAGGAGGCAGAGCAGAGAGAGGAGGCUGAAGAGGCUGAAGGCGCACUGCCUGCUCUCACAGAUGAAGAAGAUGAUUUUGAUAUGAAAGUCGCUGGAUAUACGGUCGCUAUUCCAGACUCAAACCUGGACUUCUUUCAGACUGAUCCAUUCACCGGAACUGAUCCCUUUAAAGAUGAUCCCUUCGGAAAAGUUGAUAUUGCAGAUCCUUUUGGUGGGGAUCCCUUUAAAGGUACAGACCCUUUUGCAGAUGCUUCUGAAAACUUCUUUAAAUCGUCUUCAAGUGAUCCAUUUGCAUCCGCCGGCUCCGAUCCUUUCAGCGAUGCCACAUCUAACAAGAAUGUGAUGUCGGCUGAAAUGAUGAAAGCAAAUGAUCCAUUUGCUCCUGGUGGUGGUGCAGUCUCUGCUACUCCUGAAACAGGUGCAGAUCCCUUUACCUCAUUGUUUGGAACAGAUUCGUUUGGAAGCGGGUUUGCUGACUUUAGCACUUUGUCAGAGUCCAGCCCAGCAGAUCCCUUCAGUUCUUCCACAGUAACGGAGCCCAUUACUGAGACCUUUGGCAAAAACGGAUUUACAGACGAACCAGUGAAAAAUGAAGAGGUGCCCCCAGCAUUGCCACCCAAGAUCGGAACACCAACACGACCUCCUCCUCCUGUCGGUAAAAGACUUUCCCUUGUAAAGACAGAAUCAUCCGACUCUUUCAAGCUCAAUGACCCCUUCAAACCCUUUGGUUCAGGGGACUUGCUCCACAAAGAAAACCACAACCAUCUAUUUCAGGAUCCAUUUGCUCCGACGUCUCCAACUAAAGAUGUUGGAAACAACUUAAAUUUUGCCAAUUUCAACACCUAUCCCAGUGAGGAAGAUCAGAUCGAAUGGGCCAAAAGGGAAAGUGAGCGGGCAGAGAAGGAGCGAUUGGCCCGACUAAACCAACAAGAACAGGAGGAUUUGGAGCUCGCUAUCGCGCUCAGUAAAUCUGAAAUCUCCGAAGCAUGAGUAACUGACACAUGGCCUCAGUGUUAAUGGUUGCCAUGACUCGCCUAACCAGCCUUGUUCUUACUAAUUACAUUUUAUGUAGAAGCUACCUAAAGUAACUUUGACAAUACUGGAAAACUCUUAGUGCUUUGACCUGGAAUUACUAGUUUGUUACUGAAGAGUCUUAUACUGGACUUGGGGGUAGUGUGGUGAGAGUAUUCAUUCAGAUCUACUAUUAAUAUAAAAUAAAGUCUAUCCUGUAUAUGUAAGAGAGCAAUGUACAAGCUUAUUACUGGUGCAAAUCUGUAUAAAAUUCAAUCCUUUCUGUUUCAAUUAAAAAACUUCACAUUAAUGGGAGAACAGCAGCUUCCUAUUCAAAUACACUUAUCCGAUAGAAUGCACAAGCCAUUGAAUGGGUGUUCUGUAUAUACUAUUUGCACCUACUUAUUUACAAAGUAGAGAGAAGAAACGUCAUAAACCUUUUCAGAUGUAGCAUAUUAACUGUCUCCAUAACCGACUGUUGCUGACAUAUAAUUGUAUAGAGCAUCCGUUUCAGAAUCCCCGCUGGAGCCCUGCUGUAAGUUAAAGUGUGUAACCCCUAAACUUUUUACUGGCUUUUAUUUUUUUAACUCGUCGGUUUUUCAUUUUAAGUGACAUUCCUUUUAUGUUCAUAUGAAAUUGCUGACUGUCCUGGUAAAUAAACAUAAAAUAAAAAAACAAAA